GUGAAAUGUCAACAAAAGUGCCAAGCGUUAAACUGAAAAUUGACCCUCAGGAUCUGCACAUCCAGACGUUUACAGUGGAAAAAUUACUGGAACCAUUGAUAAUUCAGGUUACAACACUAGUGAACUGUCCCCAGAAUCCUUCCAGUAAGAAAAAGGGACGUUCCAAAAGGGCUCGUGUCUUGUUAGCUUCUGUGGAAGAAGCCACUUGGAAUCUGUUGGACAAAGGGGAAAAAAUUGCCAAGGAAGCAAUCGUCUUUAAAGAGGAACUUCAUGCAGCACUGGCUGAUGUCCAAAAAGAGAGUCAAGCCUUGAAGGUAUCAGCAGAGGCAUUUACCAGUGAUCCCUGCUAUCUUCCUAAGAGGCAGGCUGUUGUCCAGGCAGCACGAUCUCUUCUUACAGCUGUCACACGGCUUCUUAUUCUGGCAGAUAUGGUUGAUGUGGCAUACUUACUGGAACAUCUGACUGUGUUUCGAAGAACCUUUGAAAUGCUAAGAAAUGUGUCCAGUAAGUCUGAACUACAGAAAACCUACCAGAAGUUUCGGAAAGAUCUGGAAAAUCUUGAUUACUUGGCAUUCAAACGUCAACAGGAUUUGAAAUCUAGCAAUCAGCGAGAUGAAAUUGCUGCCGCACGUGCAUCCCUGAAAGAAAAUUCUUCUCUUCUACAUUCAAUAUGUUCAGCUUGUUUGGAACAUUCAGAUGUUGCAUCCCUUACAGCCAGCAAGGAUUCAAUUUGCAGUGAAAUACAGAAUGCUCUCAAUGUAAUUUCUAAUGCUUCCCAAGGAGUUGGAAAUAAAACGGGACAACCUUCAUCUCACAAAGCCACUCUGGGAAGUGCGCUUGAUGAGCUUGAGCAUUUAAUUAUCCAGGAUCCUCUUGUAGUGAGUGAAGAGAAAAUACGGCCAUCACUAGAGAAACGUUUGGAAGCUAUUAUCAGUGGAGCAGCUUUGCUAGCUGAUUCCUCCUGCACGCGUGAUUUCCAUCGAGAACGCAUCAUUGCUGAGUGCAAUGCUAUCCGUCAAGCUCUCCAAGACCUGCUGUCUGAAUACAUAAACAAUACUGACAAGAAAGAAAAAAAUAAUGCUUUGAAUGUUGCAAUAGAUAGUAUGUGCAAGAAGACAAGAGACCUUCGCAGACAGCUUCGUAAAGCCAUUAUAGAUCACAUCUCAGACUCCUUCUUAGAUACCACCGUUCCACUUCUAGUUCUCAUUGAAGCUGCUAAAAAUGGAAGAGAAAAGGAAAUAAAAGAAUAUGCUGCUAUAUUUCGAGAACAUACCAGCAGACUUGUGGAGGUUGCUAAUCUUGCCUGUUCAUUGUCAACAAAUGAAGAUGGAAUGAAAAUCGUGCAAAUGGCAGCUAAUCACAUCGAGACUUUGUGCCCACAGGUUAUUAAUGCUGCUUUAGCUCUUUCUGCCAGACCAAAAAGUCAAGUUGUGAAAAACAACAUGGAGAUGUAUAGGAGUACAUGGGAGAAUCACAUCCAUGUUCUUACUGAAGCUGUGGAUGAUAUAACAAGUAUUGAUGAUUUUCUGGCUGUAUCAGAAAGCCAUAUUCUUGAGGAUGUAAACAAGUGUAUCAUCGCACUGAGAGAGCAAAAUGCUGACAAUUUAGAUCGUGCAGCAGGUGCGAUCCGAGGGCGUGCUUCAAGAGUAGCUCAUAUUGUUUCGGGUGAGAUGGACAAUUAUGAGCCAGGGGCUUACACUGAAGGAGUGAUGAAGAAUGUUCAGUAUUUAACCAAGAAUGUGAUUCCAGAGUUCAUUAGUCAAGUAAAUAUUGCAUUGGAGAGCUUAAGCAAGAACACAGUACAUCUGUUUGAUGAUAACCAGUUUGUGGAUGUUUCUAAGAAGGUGUAUGAUACAAUUCACAACAUCAGAUGCUCAGUCAUGAUGAUUCGGACACCCGAGGAGCUAGAAGAUGUAUCUGACCUUGAAGAAGACCAUGAGGCACGUAGUCGCACAAGUGUUCAGACGGAAGGGAAGACUGACAGGGCUAAGAUGACUCAACUGCCAGAGGCUGAAAAGGAAAAGAUAGCUGAGCAAGUGGCUGACUUCAAAAAAGUCAAGAGUAAGCUUGAUGCAGAGAUUGAAAUAUGGGAUGAUACCAGCAAUGACAUCAUUGUUUUGGCCAAGAGGAUGUGUGUGAUUAUGAUGGAGAUGACUGACUUCACAAGGGGUAGAGGACCAUUGAAGAACACAUCUGAUGUAAUUAAUGCAGCAAAAAUGAUUUCAGAGUCAGGAUCAAGGAUGGAUGUCUUAGCACGGCUGAUUGCCAAUCAGUGUCCAGACCAAUCAUGUAAACAGGACUUGUUGGCUUACCUGGAACAGAUCAAGCUAUACUCCCAUCAGCUCAAAAUCUGCAGUCAAGUUAAAGCAGAAAUCCAGAAUCUAGGUGGAGAGCUCAUCAUGUCUGCUUUGGAUAGCGUCACUUCACUAAUUCAGGCUGCCAAGAAUUUAAUGAAUGCUGUGGUGCAGACAGUGAAGAUGUCCUAUAUUGCAUCCACAAAGAUCAUCAAGAUUCAGAGUCCUACUGGCCCACGACAUCCUGUUGUGAUGUGGAGAAUGAAAGCUCCAGAGAAGAAGCCCUUAAUUAAAAGAGAGAAGCCAGAAGAAAUCUAUGCAGCUGUCAGAAAAGGUUCUGCAAAGAAGAGAAUCCAUCCUGUUCAAGUCAUGAGUGAAUUUAGAGGCAGAGAAGUAGUCUAAUAUUCUGCCACUUUGUGUCUCUAUCUUGAAAUUCUUCCCCCUACUUAUUUAAUAAUAAUGUAUGUUAAGUGUUUUGCUUUCCCCUAAAUCUUUAACACUUGCUUAAAUUACUUUGAAAACAAUGUUGGAUUAAUUAACAGCACACAGUUGAAAAAAUACUCAUUGUCUUGCAGUGUCAAACUAUCAUGUCUUUAUACUGCAUGGUUUCAGCAGAGCACUUCGGGUGAUACAUGAUGGGACUGUGCUACAGUAGUUGAAAAGCAGGAUGCAACGUGCCAAACUCUGCCCCAAGUCCUGCAUCUGCUAGGGACAGGCAUUCCUUCACUGGGGAUGAAUGAGGCCAAUAUUAAACUUCAUUGUAGUUUAUGACAUACAAUAUUUUUGAACGCUGUUUACUGGGAAUGUCCUUUAUCAAGAUCAUUACACUGUGAUCAAAACAGCUGGACUGCUUUAUGCUAACUGAGAAUUUUGGCCUUUACUUUUUAUCCUGUUUGAAAGGUCCAAAGAUCAACCACCUCUAAGCCCCAGCUUUAUAUAAAAAUAGAGGAAAUGUAAACUUCAAAAUGUUUGAAGAAACAAGUAUUAUAACAACAUGGACAUGAUAACGUAAUGAAAAAGCACUAACUGCAGCAUAGCAAUAAUAGCUCUUUACAACGGCCUUUGAAACGUUACCAUUAUUCAGUGUUGUUUCCUACUGUAUUCUGUGACCUCUAAUUCAUCUGGCUGAUUGAUUAUUGCAGUAACAACAGAAACUUUUCUAAUCACAGCACAAAAGAACAAGUAUGAAAUGCAUCAUUAUUCCAAGACUACUGUGGAAGUAACACAGACACAUCUUGAAUCUGAAGAAUGGUGAGAUUUUUGCAAGGUAACUAGCCAACUUGAUGGCUUUGCUUAUGGAAGUAUAGUCCCAAACGUAGGACUGUGCUGUCUAGCAACUUGCUAAAUUACUGCAUUAUAUUUCAACAUACGUAAUGAAGAUAAGUGAUACUACUCUGAUUAUCACCAUUCUGUAAGAUUCUUAUGGAAAGAUUUUUUUUCUAAAUCUGUUUAAAUACUAAAUCUGCUUGGACUGACUUUUUAAAGCAAAAGUCUUCCCUGCCCAAUCACUAGGUUUUCCCAGACCUCACCUAACUAAAUGUCUUUCCUUAGCAAGUAGAUUUUUAUUUUUUUUUUGCUCAGGUAUAAGGGCCCACUCAAAUUGCAGAACUUCAUGAUGCAUCAUUGACUACGAUUAGGAGGAGGUUCCAAAGUAUGGGCUGCUCUGUCAUAUACUACCAUGUUUGCACAACAGUGCCCCUAAACAGCACCACAUAGGCAGCAGAAAUAACCUUGAACUGUUUGUUUUUUUUCCCCUCUUGUGGCUACUCUGUAAGAGCCUGUGCACAGGAUCAAGACAGUGGAGCAAUAUAAAUUUCUAGGCUGUUGGUUAAGAAGCUCCACAAAACCUAUAGUGAUCAUGCAUUAAAGAUUUUACAGAUCAGUAUUCCACUGUCCCCGACUUUACUAUCUGUCAAAUGAAACAAAAUGAAGAAGCUGGGGGUGGGGGGGGAGAGAAAUGGCACUUUUCCAAUACAAAUCCCCUCCAAUAUUUUCACAAGAUCUUAGCAACAUAUGCAGGUACUUGCUAAUCCUUUUAGGACUACACAGUGGGAAGCAACUAACAGUCAAGUAGAGCAAGUAGAUACAAUAUAGAGCUGGUCAUAUGAUAUACUUUCAGUAUGUCUGCUAGCACGCUAAGCAGAGCUGAGAAAGAUUUUUUUUUUGUGGUGCAUUGCUCAGGAGAGUAUAGAUUGUCACAUCUUAAAGCUAAAAUCUCCAAAUAAUAAUUCAGGUUCUGGCCCACCCUCUUUGAUUACAUAUUUCUCAAACAAUAUUUAAGUCCAAAAGGCAACAGGCAGAUUGGAAUAAUCUUGGGCUUGGGGGGCAUUACUCGUGAAAAAGAAAAAAAACACACCUCACAUCUCUGGGAUACACCUUUGGUAUCAGUUCACAUUGAUGUUAGAUGUUCGUAACUUAUGUUUUGUUUUCAUAUUAUUAAUUAAAAGAUUGUACACCACUUUCAGCAUUAUGGGUUUUGUUUGGAUGUGUUUCUGUUCUAGUCUCCAGCAGUAGCAAAACCCUGUUCAAAUGCCUGCCAGGCUUUCUUAUUCCUGUAAGUUCCAGCUUCUCUAGCAUACUAAGUGUGAUCUUACUAGCCUGGUUUACAUUAGAGCUCUUCUAGCACUCUCAUCACUAAGACACAGUUUAUUGCUUAAUAUAAUGUUCAUGACUACAAUACCAGUCACAGCUCUUUUUGCCUGGCCAUUCUCAAUAGCCAGUUUCAUCUCAGCAUCCAAUACUGUUCCUAUUACAUAGGGAUUUAUUAGGGGGGAAAAAAUAUGUAAAUGAACAAGGCAAUCAAAAGCCACAGUUGCUUUCUGAGAAGAGCUAAAAGAAUGAUGUGUUAACUGUAUCUAGACUUCUGCUUCUUGGCCAAAAUUCAAACCCAAGUGAAAACAGGACAAGGUGAAGUUUAUUCCUACCUAAGGAGACAGAGAGGUGAGAAACAAAUCCUGAAGUUCUAAAAAAUCUGUUGUAUUAGCUCAUUACCUCCCUCAGCAGAUCUGGAAAGUAGGCAACCUUCUCUGCCACUAUUAAUAAUGCUGAUGGACAAUGUGCUGCUCAGUAUGCUUUAUUCAGACACAGUUACUUACUUCAUUCUGUAGCUUGCACGUUCCUUUCUAGCCCUGGUUUUCAGAGAAUAUUUUUUCACUUUGCUGUUGUUUUGCCUUAGUGUUUGCAUGAUAACCAUAGUGUAGGAGCAUUGACCUUGCAAACUAGGUUCUUAGCUAGAGUAGAGUGUUACAGGGCUUUCUCAUUCCAGCAGCUCGCAUUGUUUCAUUAGCUUACCUCAUCCACUCCCCGUUACUACAUUAUGGUACAAAGCGUGACAGACAACUUAGGACAGUUUUAUUUAAAAGAAAAAAAAAAAGUCCAUAGACUAUGCAGUCUAUGGACUACAUAGAUUAUGUAGUUUGUAUUGUUUGUUCUUGAAGCACAUUAGUAAAAGAAAACAAAUUUAAACCGUUUCUGAGAACACUGAAGCUGUUGAUUUUUGAUUAUUAAAAGAAAACCCACAACCUGGUUGCAUCACACUGCUCUCACUGCUUAUGUUGUUUCCUGUAAUAUUUAGUGCUUUUCAUUUAUAAAAGGCAGUUCCUGUCACUGUAGAUUGCACUGAGCAUAGCUUCCAGUUUGUCCCAAUUCCUCUCUUAUUACCUGAACUUAGUGAGCCAUUCCUGGUAAGUAACGUAAGUCCUCUAAUACCUUGGAACUUAAGAGAACUCGGAAAAAUUAAAUGCGUGGCCCUCCACCUCUGCCCACCCCUGAAGCCUGCCUUUUUGCACAAUAAAUCUGCUUUGACAUAACUGAUUGACUGUGUUCGGAAGGGAAUGGUAUAGAAUAAGGUGGGAAACAGCUGGUAACCCACUCCUGGUUUGGCCCACUCAUGCCAUUAACUUGAUAACUAUAGAGACGCUUUACAGCUGUGUCUUCAGUGGAGAUGACUAGGCAGUGCGACAACACACAGGUCUGCCAUUCCAGAUGGUUAUAAAAGGUUUUUUAGUUCUUUUGAGGGCAUCUUGUGCUGUUUUCAGUGUGUUUACAGUUGAAGCAUUUAAGAAACAAUGUGUUUAUAAAUGAAGUUUAAAUGAGUUUUUAGAAGCAUUAUUUCUGAAGAAAAUAUUUGUAGGUUUUCACCAACAGUAGACAAUAAAAUUCUACGUGGUCAUACCUGU